AUAGGAAUGCCACCGGGAUCUACUCUCAACGCAUCGUGCUGCACUCAUCCUCAUCAUACGGAGACGAUGCAAAAUAGGAUUCGGGAUUGAUAAAGCGGCUCUCCACUUCGACCCGGACACGAUAAUCCAGUGAAGUGCCAGAGGAGAUAAAAAUGGCGACCCGGGUGUUGAUCGGAGCUCUCAGAAAAACCACCUCUCGAUUGCCUACCUGCCGGUUUCUCUCCGUCAGUCCCGUUUCCAGAUUCGUAUGCUAGCACUUUGGUUAUAGCCGAACACGAAGGCGGUUCUAUCAAGGCACCAUCCUUGAGUGCAGUCGAGGCGGCAAAGUCUCUGGACAAGGACAAUUCAAUUUCGAUGCUGUUGGCCGGCUCAGGUCAUUCCCUACAAGAGGCAGCUGCCAAUGCUGUCUCUUGUCAUCCUUCUGUUUCUAAGGUACUUGUUGCUGAUUCAGAUAGAUUUAUACAUCCUCUUGCAGAACCUUGGGCAAAACUGAUCCAGCUAGUUCAGCAGAGAGAGAAUUUCUCGCAUAUAGUUGUUGCGUCUGGUUCAUUUGGGAAGAAUAUACUCCCUCGGGCUGCUGCCCUCUUAGAUGUCUCUCCAGUUACUGAUGUUAUAGGAAUUUCAGAAUCAACAACGUUUGUUAGGCCCAUUUAUGCAGGAAAUGCACUGUGUACAGUUCGAUAUACUGGUGCUCACCCAUGUAUGUUGACCAUCAGAUCCACAUCUUUUCAGGUGCAACCUUAUUCCACAGAUUCAAAGGCUCACAAGGCUCCUAUUUCUCAGGUUGAUCUCUCAACCUUUGAGGAAGCAGAUACAAUUGGUAAAUCUCAGUAUGUGAAACUGACAUCCCAAGAUAGUGAACGCCCUGAUCUCGGUAAUUCACGGAUUGUGGUCACCGGCGGUCGAGGACUGAAAAGUGCUGAAAACUUCAAAAUGUUAGAGAAGCUAGCAGAAAAGCUUGGUGCAGCAGUUGGUGCUACACGUGCUGCUGUUGAUGCGGGGUUUGUGCCAAACGACCUCCAGGUUGGUCAAACUGGAAAAAUUGUUGCCCCAGAAUUAUACAUGGCUUUUGGAGUCUCCGGAGCCAUUCAACACCUUGCUGGCAUGAGAGAUUCCAAGGUCAUAGUCGCUGUAAAUAGAGAUGCAGAUGCUCCAAUUUUUCAGGUGAACUCUCUCUCUCUCUCUCUCUCUCUAGGGUAUCUAAUGGGCACAGAAAUCAAGGAUUCUAGCUGUGGAUUUAUUCUGAAUGCAAAUGGUUAUAAAUCCUCUUGAUUGAAGGUUGCUGAUUAUGGGCUUGUCGGCGAUCUUUUCGAGGUUAUACCAGAGUUGCUAGAGAAGCUUCCUGAGAAGAAAUAGACCAUUGUAGACAGAGAUAACGGGAAAAUGGGAUGUCAUGUAAAGUUUCAAUUUGGAAAAGGUCAUUGGAAUAAAGCGAACUCCUGUCUCUCUGCAAAUUUGUUCAGCUUCUCUUCUUUUCAUUUCAGUACGGUUCAAAUGUUCUCAAAAUUCUCUUAAUGAUUUAGCAUAUGACGUUGGUUUGCCAGAAUUUGAGAAAUGUCAUUGUGGGGAAACAUCUUUUCC